AUGCCCAGGUUCAGUGCUUCGUACGUGUGGAUUCGGCAUCCAGCCGAUAGGAGCCAGAUGCGGACGCCGGAAGUGGUGUCAUUCCGACUUCUUUCAAUUUAUGAAUCGUCUCACAAGGGCGGAAGAGCGAGCAGUGUUUUGCAAAAAGUCAGUGUUCCAUUGGUGGGACCAUCAGACUGCGAUCAGGUGCCUCGGAAGUAUAAGGGCCUAAGGACUAUGUGUCAAAAUGGUGUGAAGGGGCGAAUCCUAUGCGCCGGCACAGGAGGCAACGAUUCGUGCCAGGGAAACUCAGUGGGACCAUUGAUGCUAUCUCCCUCUCCAGACAGCUGCGUGCACACCAUUGUGGGGAUCGCAUCCACUGGCGUCGGGUGCGGGAAUCCUGACUUUCCUGGCUUUUAUACUCAGGUCUCCUCCUGCUAGGACUUGAUUGAAGGGAUUGUCUAUAAGAGUCCUUCACGUG